AUGUUGCGGUUUGGAGUGGGAAGAUUUGUAACUGACGGAUGUUUAAAAUCCUCAUCAUCAUGGUUCCGAAGUUAUCCACUAUGGGCACGAUCAACAGCUAGUUUCGUAUGUGAUUUUUCCAAAGGCAGUGAACACAGAAGUUAUGCAAUUAUUGUAAAUAAAUCGGUUCAUAACAUCUCCCAACAACAGACUCAGCCAGCAAAAAAGUCUAAUUUUGCAAAAGCUCAAGAAAAAUUGAAAAAGGAAAAAAUUCAACAAUUUGGUACAAAAUCAGAGAAAGAUUGUAUUCAUGAUAAGAAACAAUUAGAGGAAACAUUACAAGUGCAAAAAUUAAUAGCACUAAAAAAUCAAUAUAAUCAACGAAUAGAAGAUGCUAAAACUAAUGGAAAGUCGCUCACUGAAAAGGAACAAGCGGAAAUUGAAGAAUUUCACACUCUCUUCUAUCGAAAAAUUGUUCAAUAUUCACACUUUAGAGCAAUGAAUAUGCUUGAAGGAGGUAACACUAAAGAACAUGAUGAUGGUAGCAUUGGUACCUUUUAUUUAUUUACAAGCAAGCUGCAACAUCAGAAAUAUUUGGAAAGAUUUGAAUCAAAAAUAUUGAAGAGGGAUUAUUCGAGCGUGAAGGUAUCGACGGCACCAACGAUUGCUCAACAUUUAAUGGCCAUACUUUUAUCGACACCUAUUGAAAAUGUUUCUGCCGUGAUUGACGACUCGUUAGUGCUGUCUCCUCAAGAACUGAAACAUGUAUUGGAUUGGUCACAAACGGUACUUACAGAUUUAACAUUGGCUACAUUGGUGAAGGCACUCAAAGAUCUCAAUGAAAUGCAGAAAGAGCUGACCGAUAUUGAAAAUAAGCUAAAUACCACUGAGAGCAGCUCUUCAACGAAAGGGACUCAAUUAGCACUAAAGGCAAAAUAUCACACUAUUAUCGAAGAAAAGAAGAAGAUCAUGCAAGAACAGCUCUCAAAGGUCAAUUCUCUCCGAGGUAAAUUAUAUGUGACAUCCAAAUUUUACAUUGCAUGUAACGAAGAUGCUGAAGAAAUGGUGAAUGCUCCUUCCUCAAGUGAAGGAACACCUGUAUCGCCUUCUACUACAACAACUGCACCACAUGAACCAAUCACAACGAAUAAUGUUGUUGAAGAAAGUCACACAUCAACAGUUAACGAGAGUACGGAUCUCGAAAAAUUCACACUUACCAAAGAUUCCAAACGCAUUGUAUUUACAUACUCAGCUCCAGAUGUAGCUGCCAAAGAUUUACCCACCUUACUUAAACUAUCCAACAAACAAGAUGCUGCAUUAGCAGUCGUUUCUGGAAGUGAACUGUUUGGAAAUUUCCUUGCCAAGCAUCUUGACCAAAUUGAUCAUUUGAGAAUGGCAUUUCUAGGAAGCCAUCACGAAGUAUUGACUCAUCAUUUCACACGAGACGAUAUUAAAUCCAUCAUUGAACUCGGUCAACAAGCCGAAAAACACAAGGAACAAGGAGCUCUCUCCAUGAAAGAACAAUUUGAGAAACAAGAGCAGGAAAAUCUGACAGCAGCAGCAGAACAUCCAACACCACCAAAUGUUUCUAUAUAUACAAACGUCAAUGAGUAA